CAUAGGACAACGUAGCUGAUUUGAAAAAAAAUUCUCUAAUUCAGCUCACUUUUCUAUUCAGUUAUGUUGUCGAAGAUAGAUUGUUUUGUGAAUAAGCCUGUAAGCGUCUGUUCAUUGGUCUUCUUUAGGGACAUGUUUAACAUAUGGGAUUAUUUACACAGCCCUGGUGUUUGCUGAAACUGCUUUAAACUAUAAAGAAAAGUUUGACAGUGUUUCUCUCUCUCAGGUCUGAAGCAAUACCGAGGAAGAAAGGAAAACUCUUGAAAGCUUGUCUUAGUACUUUUUACAGAAGAAUGGCAAAGAAGCUGCUGCUAGUGGACGUGGACUGUGGGGUGGAUGAUGCUCAAGCUAUGAUGAUGGCUCUGGCAGCACCAGAGGUUGAAGUCCUAGGAAUAACAUGCUGCUUCGGGAACACAACUGUUGAUCGUGUCUGUAAGAAUGUCCUGAGGGUCCUUCAAGUGUGUAACAGAAUGGAGAUCCCAGUGUUUCGUGGUGCAUCUAAUUCAAUUUUGGCAGAAGUUAAUCCCCAGUUUACCCAUUUUGGAGGCGAUGGUUUGGGAGAUGCAGAUGAUCCAAACAGCCCGGGACUGGAACACUUACAGAAGGAAGAUGCUGUACAUGCCCUCAUAAGGAUCGUUAAUCAGUAUGAGGGUCAAAUAAACCUGGUGGCCUUGGGACCCUUGACUAAUCUGGCCCUGGCAGUCAAGAUUGAUCCAUGUCUUCCCAAAAAGCUAAAUAAACUGUGUAUAAUGGGAGGAAACAUGGAAGGCAGAGGGAACAGAACAGCUUGUGCAGAAUUUAACUUUUACUUGGAUCCGGAGGCUGCCUAUAUUGUGACAAAUGAGUUUACCUGUCCUACGUUUAUUGCUGCUCUGGAGUUCACUCAGGAGAACUGCCUUACUACGGAAUAUUUUAGAAACUGGGUAAACCAGGACACAGAGAAAGCCAGAUUUAUGAAGAAGAUCACCGCAAAGUGGCCUCAGAAACAAUAUUUUGUCUCUUAUGACUCAUAUGCUAUGGCUGCAGCAAUUGAGGAGAAUAUCAUCACAGAAUAUGUGAAAUGUGCCGUGAGCGUGGAGCUUCAUGGGAGGUAUGCCAGGGGGAUGCUGGUCUUGGACACAGAGGAUAAGUGGAAGAAGGAGCAUAAAGUUUUCCUGAUGAAGAAAUGUAAUCUAGACCGAUUUAAAGAACGACUAUGGAAUUCUCUUCUAUAAGACGUAACAGAGGGACUAAGAGAAAAGUAAUAAAUGUUUCACCUAAUUAA